AUGAUAAGCAAUAAUAAAGAACAAGAAGAGUACGUAGAAAUGAUAUUCAACCCACGAAACGUGGCAUUAAAUACACCAUCCACUUCAGAUCGAAAAAAAGAAACUGUUGUGAAUGCCAAUGAGAUAAGACCUCUUAUAAGCCCAGAUCCCAAACAGAUGCUGAGCGACAUAAACAGUAUAGAAGUGGACCCAGUGCAGCCAUGUGAGGAUAAAAAGUUAAAAAAUAAAACCAGUGCUCGUCUCAGCGAAAUAGAUGAAAUACUAAAUAUAAACAUAUACAACUCAACCACCACUGAAAAAAAUGGACCCUCGUGUUUUCGAAUAUACUACAGAGAGAUAAUAUGCUAUAUAUGCUAUACUGUGGCGGUGAUUGUAUCGCUCAUCUUAAUCCUUUCGAUUGUCUUCCUGCACCACUGCAUGCAUACAAUGCACGACUCAAAAGGGGUUUCCAACAGCAAACUAUAA